GCUCUACACCUUGUUAUCUCAGAUCUCAGCUACAGUUCUGAAUUGGAAGCAUAGGAACGCAUUGGAGAGAGAGCGCAAAAGCAGUUUACAGGAAUGGUUCCAGGAAUGAAAAAGCUCAGCUAUGAGGGUAGAUUGGAGAGGUUUCGAAUCAGUUUUUGUUGGAGAGGAGAAGGCUGAAGGGCGAUGUAAUGUUUUCACAAUCAUGAAGGGUCUGGAUGGAAUGGAUGAGGAGGAACUUCUGCUUAUGGACUAUUGAAUCAUGGAAUCCCCACAAUGCAGAAGAGGCCAUUUGGCUCAUUGAGUCUGCACCAGCCAAGUGUCCAAAGAGCAUCCUAUCCAGAAACCCUCGGCUUUUGCCAAGAAUGCCACAUUAAAAACUUCAACACGAACAGCGGAAAAUGUCCAUUGUGCCGGAAUCCCACUUCUCCCAUGGAGGAGCCAGCAACCGACAUUGAGACCUGCAUGAGAACAGUGAAAGCAAAUUGCAGAGGUUGUGACAUUGAGGUGUAUCUGAUCAACAUGAAGGCACACACUUCAGCCUGUGCAAAGUAUUUGGAGGAAUACGGUCCAUACGACAAUACAAGUGCAAUACCUCAGCCAACACCUGCAUCAUUCAGUGCCAUGGAUCCAAACGGAUCUACAUUUACCUGUCCAUAUUGCCAACAAACGGGUUAUGACAUGAGCGAUCUCGUGCUGCACUGUUGCACAAAUCAUUAUCAUGACAAUCAGCAUGUGGUCUGUCCGAUUUGUGCAUCAAUGCCCUGGGGGGAUCCAAAUUAUCACAGCAGGAAUUUCAUUCAGCACCUGAGAGUCCGACACCGAUUCCACUACCAAUACUUUGUGAAUUUUAAUCAGGAUGAAGAAUUGAUGCUGCAAGACACCAUUUGGAAUUCAUAUCAGGAUUUUGAUUAAAUCCCUUUUCAAGAAACAUUUCCUCCAGAAAAUCACUCGCUCUCCUUCUGAAACAAAAAAGCUACGCUUUUCAAAUCAGCUUUGUAAAAAUGAAUUCACAAGCAAGCUUUGAAGCUCAUCGUCCUGUUGAAAGUUGGUUUGGAGUUUUAUUUGGAGCAUCGUUGAAAGAAUCUUUCUGCCUGUUGAUGAAAAGUUGUCGAUCUCACAGCAAUAAUUCCUCAUGAUAGUCAGUAUUACUUGAGGUUUCCCUUUUGUGAAUGUUCAUAUUCAGUUGUAAACCUUCAAUGUAUCAUGACAAUAAUCCAUACAUUAUUGCACUUUUUCCUUAUUCUUUUGUGGGAUGGUGGCAUCUUUGCCAAGAACAGUGUGCGUUCCCCAUCCCUGAUCACCUCUAGAAUGCAAUGACUGGACGGGCCAUUUCAGACAGCGGUUAAGAGUCAGACAUAUCGUUGUGGGUCUGGAGUCACAUGUAGACCAGACCAGGAAAGGAUGGCAGAUUUCCUUCCCUCAAAGAGAUUGAUGUGCCAGAUUUUUUAAAAAACUGCAAAUGACCACCAUUUCAUGGUCACCAUUACUGACACCAGCAUUCAAUUCAGGAUUUGAAUUAAAUCAUUUGGAUUGACAAUUGAUUUAAGUGCCAGUGUGUAAGGUUCGAACAUGUGUCCCCAGAACAAUAACCUGGGAUUCUGGAUUGCUACACACUGUUAUACAAACAAGGCCUUUUGAUUCUGUUGUGCAGUUCAGUAAGACCAUUGUCGAUCUGAUUUUAACUUCAGCUCUCUAUUCCUGGCAUCAUAAUGCCACUAUCACCAUGUGACUUUUUAUAACUCUCUUUUCUUUCUCCAUCACCUUCUGAUUAGAUUGACAAUCCUGCCAUAUUGUUCUCUUCUUUAGUGACUGACACAGUACUGUUCACAUGUUACUGUCACAUACGUUCCAACACAGUCGUCAUAUCUUGCAAUGUCUGACUUUUCCCCCUGUGCAUAAGGCCAUCAUUGCUCUUAUCCCAUGAAUAAACAUCAGUGUAGAUGAGAUGAAACUUUUCCUGAACAUAUGUUUUCAGCAAUAUUUAUCCCUCAACCAAUAUCAUUAAAAUCAAAUCAUCUGGUCACUACACAUUGAUGUUAGUGGGAUUUUCCUGAGCCUAAGUGUUCCAAUAUUGCAACACUUCAAAAAGUAGCUCCUGAUUGUGAAGCACUUUGUGGUAAAUGGGACAGAAAGGUCCGAAGCACUGCCCUGUACAAUGUCAUGUGGAAUGGGGAAUGGAAUCCCCAGCUGCGGAUCCCAAAACCCAACAUCAAGUCCACCUCAAAAUCUCAGGAACAUGGCCAUUCUAUCAAUGUAACCUGGAACUAGCCACUAACAUUGUAAUAACUGCUUCAUGUUCAAGACAAGAACCUUUUCUAGUUAGACUGCGAAGUGGUUUUCCUCAGCCACUCUGGGCCAAGCAGGGCCUGUUGUUUCCUAUACUUAAAGAGGACGGUGGUGACAAACCUACUGAUUGUUGAGGUGCACACUCAAUUUACACACAUGUAGAACAAUCUUCAGCAUGCGAAAAUUGCCACUUAAAUGCAAUUCCUUCUUUCCUCUCCUUUUUAUUCCCUUCCUUUGUAUCUUUCUCUCUAUCCCUUUCUCUUCCUUAUCCUUUCUUUGUCGCCUUUCUUUCUCUUUCUGCCUCUCUCUCCUUUUCUUUCAUUCUCCCUUGUUUUUUUCUCUGUUUUUCUACUGCUUUUUACCUUCUUGCUCUGCCUUAUCUCUUUCCUUCCCUCCCUGUCUCUCUCUAUCUCUUUCCACUCACGUCCUUUGUGCUUUCUUUCCCCUUUUCUCUUUGUCUAUCUUACUUUCAGUCUGUUAUCUUUUCUCUCUUUCAUUCUAGAGAACACAGUGUGAGGCUGGAUGAACACAGCAGGCCCAGCAGCAUCUCAGGAGCACAAAAGCUGACGUUUCGGGCCUAGACCCUUCAUCAGAGAGGGGGAUGGGGAGAGGGAACUGGAAUAAAUAGGGAGAGAGGGGGAGGCGGACUGAAGAUGGAGAGUAAAGAAGAUAGGUGGAGAGAGUGUAGGUGGGGAGGUAGGGAGGGGAUAGGUCAGUCCAGGGAAGACGGACAGGUCACGGAGGUGGGAUGAGGUUAGUAGGUAGCUGGGGGUGCGGCUUGGUGUGGGAGGAAAGGAUGGGGUGAGAGGAAAAACAGGUUCGGGAGGCGGAGACAGGCUGGGCUGGUCUUUCAUUCUGUUCGGUCACUGACUGAAGCGCAGGAGAAAUUUUGUUCAUACCCACUAAUGACAUUCUCCUUCAGUCAUCUGAUCAAAUGACAGAAAUCUUGAAAAGGUGGAACAGCAAGUAGGAAAUACCAACACCUCUUCCUUGACUUAGCACUUUGACACUGGGGAUUAAAUCAAUGGUUUUUAUGUGACUCUUUGCAAUACUUGCACACUAUCCUUUGCACUCAGAAAGCCGGACUGAGUAUAGCAAGAUAAUAAAAUGUGAGGCUGUAUGAACACAGCAGGCCAAGCAGCAUCU